CAUGCACAAAUAACCAAAACUCCAAACUUCCUCUUUGUCAUCUCAAACAUAAACGCACUACCUAUCAUCCUAUAUAAAUUCCAACUUUUUUCUCCAAAACAACAAAGGGGUCAAGAAAGUUUUCAAAUUGAACCCCUUUUUCUGUCUCUGUCUCAAAAGCCAUGGGUUCAACCUUAAAAAUGUUGGGAAUCAUGUUUAGUUUAUUGUUGGCCUGUUCAUCUGUUGGAGCCACAGUUUCUUAUGAUGACAAAUCCUUCAUCAUUAAUGGGAAGAGGAAAAUUCUCAUCUCUGGUUCCAUUCACUAUCCAAGAAGCACACCUGAGAUGUGGCCUGAUCUCAUUCAAAAGGCUAAAGAUGGUGGGUUGGAUGUUAUACAGACAUAUGUGUUUUGGAAUGGGCAUGAGCCUUCUCCUGGGAAGUACAAUUUUGAAGGGCGUUUCGACCUCGUGAGGUUCAUCAAAUUGGCGCACCAAGCAGGUCUCUACGUGCACCUCCGCAUUGGGCCUUUUGUUUGUGCAGAGUGGAAUUUUGGGGGAUUCCCUGUUUGGCUCAAGUAUGUGCCGGGAAUCGAGUUCAGAACAGACAAUGGCCCUUUCAAGGCGGCUAUGCAAAGUUUUGUUCAAAGGAUAGUCGGGUUGAUGAAGUCAGAGAGUUUGUUUGAGCCCCAGGGAGGACCUAUUAUCAUGUCUCAGAUAGAAAAUGAGUAUGGACCAGUGGAGUGGGAAAUUGGUGCUCCUGGUAAAGCUUACUCAGCAUGGGCUGCAAAAAUGGCGGUGGCUCAAAAUACCGGUGUCCCGUGGAUCAUGUGCAAGCAAGAAACUGCCCCCGAUCCCAUGAUAGAUACUUGUAACGGGUUCUACUGCGAAGGCUUUCAUCCUAACAGGCCGAACAAGCCAAAAAUGUGGACUGAAGCCUGGACUGGCUGGUAUACACAAUUUGGUGGAACGAUUCCUUACAGACCUGCUGAAGACAUGGCCUUUGCAGUGGCUAGGUUUGUGCAGAACAACGGCUCCUUCUUCAAUUAUUACAUGUAUCAUGGAGGGACGAACUUUGGACGAAAUGCAGCUGGUCUUUUUGUUGCCACCAGCUAUGAUUACGAUGCUCCAAUCGAUGAAUAUGGACUAUUGAACGAGCCUAAGUGGGGGCACUUGAGGGACUUGCACAAAGCAAUCAAGCAAUGUGAACCAGCUCUAGUGUCGUCUUAUCCCACAGUCACGUGGCCCGGGAAAAACCAAGAGGUUCAUGUCUUCAGAUCCAAGACUGGGGCUUGUGCUGCAUUUCUCUCCAACUACGACCCUACAUUCUCUACGAAGCUGACAUUCCAAAACGUGCAGUAUGAUUUGCCCCCUUGGUCGAUCAGCAUUCUUCCCGACUGCAAGACUGUUGUUUACAACACUGCAAGAAUUAGCUCAAAAAGCUCCACACCGAAAAUGUUACCUGUGGGUGGUGCGUUAAGUUGGCAAUCAUACAACGAAGAGACUCCUUCGGCAGAUGAUAGAGACACAGUUACAAAGUCCGGCUUAUGGGAGCAACUAAGUGUUACAAGAGAUUCAUCUGAUUAUCUGUGGUAUCUGACAGAUGUAAAUAUAGCAUCCGACGAAGGAUUCUUGAAGAGUGGCGAAUGGCCUCUUCUCACAGUUAUGUCAGCUGGCCAUGCCUUGCAUGUUUUCGUCAACGGAAAGCUAGCAGGAACUGUGUACGGAAGUCUGGACAAUCCUAAAGUGACAUACAGUGGCAAAGUAAAUUUGAGAGCCGGAGUUAACAAAAUAUCUCUACUUAGCGUUUCUGUGGGCCUUCCGAAUGUGGGUUUGCACUACGAGAGGUGGAACGAAGGCGUUCUUGGACCUGUCACAUUGAACGGCCUCAAUGCGGGCACGAGAGACUUGACAAAGCAGGAAUGGUCCUACAAGACUGGCUUGAGAGGCGAGUCGCUGAGCCUUGGGACAGUGACAGGAAGUUCAUCGGUUGAAUGGGUGCAAGGAUCCCUUGUUGCUCAGAAGCAGCCCCUAACGUGGUACAAGACUACAUUUGAGGCACCAGGCGGGGAGGAUCCAUUGGCUGUGGACAUGAUGAGCAUGGGCAAAGGCGAGAUAUGGAUAAACGGGCAAAGCAUAGGCAGACACUGGCCGGCAUACAUAGCAAAGGGUAACUGUGGGAACUGCAACUAUGCAGGCACAUUCAAUGAGAAGAAAUGCCAAAGAAAUUGCAAUCAGCCCUCACAAAGAUGGUACCAUGUUCCGCGGUCAUGGCUGAAACCGAGCGGGAAUUUGUUGGUCGUGUUUGAGGAAUGGGGCGGCGACCCAACGAAGAUCUCCUUAGUGAAGAGGACAGCAUGAUUAAGAAUAGAAGAUAAGCUGCCUAUAGAAAAUAAGAUGUGAUUGAAUCAAAAAACAAGACUGGUGAAUUAUAGAGCUAAUUACAGAUGUAGUUUUGUUCUCAUACAGACAUACAUAUCUGAAAGUUAUGAAGCUAGUUAGUUAAGUUCAAUACUAUAAAAAAAGGAGGUGGUUUGUUAUA